CCAGAAAGCUAUCACAUGGAGUGGAGAGCCAGACUCACACCUUCUCCUUUGUUUCUAGGUCCUGUUGUGCAAGGCCAUGUCUCCCGGCAGCUGUCCAGGCACUGCAGCCUUCCAGGUAGCUCCUGGCUUAGCCUGCCUAUUCCCGAGCCUUCAGAAACAGAGUACAGCCCCAAAAAGCACAUGUCUUCUUCUGAACCCAUCCUGGAACUCAAGACAGACACAGCAGAAGUACUUCCAGCCCACGGCAACCCAGAGGAGCCGGAGCAGAGCCAUGAGACGAGGCAGGACCCAGCUGACCCCAGCAGUGGGGAUGACUUUGCAACCUCCGGCAUGAGCAGCUACAACGAGCCCAACCUGACUCCUGCCACAGAUGAGACUCCCCUAGGCAAAGACCCCCAGUCAGAGGUGAGGGACCCCAGCCCCACCGACUCCUUGCCAUGGCCAGAAGCCCCUGAGGAGUGCCCAGCCCGCCCCAACACCCUGGACUUCUCCAAGUCCAUGAAGAAGCUGGAGGAGGUGAAGCAGAUGGGGCAGAGGAGAAACAGCGACCACACAGCAGUGAAGGAGAACGGGGUGGAGGUCAGUCCUGUGGCUGCAGCAGCGGUGAGCGAGGAGAGACGGGCGCUGGAGUCUGAGCUGGGGAAAUGCAUCGAGGAAUUCCGUAAGAUCAAGAUCCCUGUUGCCUUUCCCAACAAGAAGCGGCAGUGGCAAAGCGAGCUGCUGAAGAAAUACCAGCUAUGAGAGGAGACCUUGUCUCCUGUUCUGGAGAAGGAUGUCCUGGGUACGUUGAGUGUCUCCACCGACAUCCCCUGGGUAGCAGGUGGUAAAGGCUGUCCAUGCUCCCAAAAUGAGGAGCGUAGGUUGCUCAUUAAGCCCAUCCAGAAGUCAAAAGGGUUACAAGCCUGUACCCACAACGGUGUGCUCCUUGCCAUGGCCAUCCGGAGGGACGUAUGAUAUCCCAAGUGGCACAAGCAUAUAUGGAGGGUCAUAGAGAAAAAGGAGGAGGUCCAGGGUGAAUGUACAGGGCCAAAGCUACCACCCAGCAGAAGUUCCCACAUGUAAUGAGAAUGAAUUUUCCUGGCAUUUCAAAUAAUAAAAUAUAGUUUGUGUCAAAAAUUAACUCCAGUC